GGGAGGUGGCCACCGUGCAGGGCACCAGCUUCGAUCUCCGGCAGCCCGUGGAGCUGGGGAAGCACUUGCAGAAAUUUUGCCUCGACGGCUUUGACCACAACUUCUGCCUGCAGCAGGCACAGGCUCGACGCCUUGUGGCCAGGGCUUGCCACCCGCCCACUGGCAGGGCCAUGGAGGUUCACACCACCCAGCCUGGCAUCCAGUUUUACACUGGGAACAACCUGGAUGGAUCCCUGAAGGGCAAAGGCGCCGUUGCGUACCCGAAGCAUUCAGCUUUCUGCCUGGAAACCCAGAACUGGCCCGAUGCUGUCAACAAGCCCCACUUCCCCAAUGCACUGCUCCGGCCGGGCGAGGAAUACAAUCACACCACAUGGCUCUUGUUCAACGCUGCCUAA